UGAAGGGUCUCGGCCGGAAACGUUGACUGCUCAUUUCAACGGAUGCUGCCCGACCUGCUGAGUUCAUCCAGCUUGUUUGUACGUCUUGAUUUGACCCCAGCAUCUGCAGUGCACUUUGUGUUUAUGAAUUGCCAGUGUCUUCUUCCCAGGGUGGUAUUGGCCAAUACCAGACAACCUUUAUUUAAGGUGAAGGGAGGAACGUAUGGGGGGGGACGUCAGAGGUAGGUGAGUGCGUGGAAUGCGUUGCCUGGGUGGUGGUAGAGGCAGAUGCAUUCCGGAGACUUGAGAAACAUUUGGACGGGCACGUGAAUGAAAUGAAGAUGGAGGGUUAAGUGGGAGGGAAGGGUCAGAUUGAUCGGGGAGCAGGUUAAUAUAGAUUGCUCGGCACCGUGAGUGGAAGGGCCAUUUACCGUGCUGUGCGGUCGCUGUUGUAUCUGCUUCCAGAGACUCCCCAAGCAGAGUGUUCCAGACACCUAUGUGUGGUGGUAGGGUAACACAACACUCUACAGCACAGGGUUCAGUUCCCACCAUUCCACCUUCUCCCCCAUGACUACACGGGUUUCCUCCAGGUGCUCUGAUUUCCGCCCACAGUCCAGAGGUGUACCAGCAGGGAGGCUAAUUGUUCAUUGUAAAUUGUCCCAUGAUUAGGCUAGGAUUAGAUCGGGGGAUUGCUGGGCGGCCUGGCUGGAAGAGCCUGUCCUACAAUCAAAUCACUAGACCAAAGCAUCUUUAAACAUUUCACAUUGUUCAGAUUCAGGUUCUCAGAAUCAGGCCGCAAAACAACAAAGUUCACGACAUUGCGUCAGUGAUAAUAAACCUGAUUCUCAUUAUAACGGGAAUGUUUAGAAAUGUUGAUGGUUUGACAUCUGCUUUACUCAUUACCGUGUCCGGCGCAUGGUGUGUGGUUGGAGUUGGAGAUCGGAUCGAACACCCCUCUCAAAUUCGCAGGAAACCCUCUCCUGCCCUCUGUGCAACAAGAAGCAAAGUAUUAAUAAAGGUGAAGUUCUAAAGAUGAGCUUUUUCCUUCAUGUCUACAUCAAAACAUCGUCUGUUUACUGACUUCCAUAGAUGCUGCCUGACCUCCAGCACUUUGUGUGUGUGUUGCCCUGCAUUUCCAGCAUCUCUUGCAUCUCCGGUGUUUGAUUAUUGAAGCUUUAGUGCAGUUGGCUUCUGUAUAUAAACCUCCUAUCAUGAGAGGAUCAGAUAAUGUGAUUUUAAGUGCCGACUGAAAGUUAAAUGUCUGAAACCAUGAGCCAGUCUAAUUGGAAUCGGUUUCCAGAAGAAGAUUGUUGUCUUUAUGAAAUCUAGCCGUGACUGAUUAACUCCAUGGAGUGUGGCCUACUAAACAGGCACAGUACAGAGUCCUGCUCUCUGAAGCAGAUUCUUAAUAUAAAGUUAUUGACUCGGUGCCAAAGUUGAUGGUGCACAAUUCAUUAUAAAUAGCUUCUUCUCUUCUCUUCCCCUGGGAACCAGGCGAGGUCUCCGUGUGCAGCCAGCAGGAUAAGCGCACAGUUCUGGGCUGCCUGAUCCUCAUUAGUCUUCGAGCUGAGGGGUGUGUUUGGAGCGUUGGUUGUGGCUCUGAGAACCGGAGUGAGCAGGGGAGGAAGACAGAGGGAUGCCUGUGAGAGGAAUUCACAGAGGGAGCUGCCGAGGAGUGAGAACUGUCUCGAACCUGGAUGAAGAGAGUCGUUGGACAGUCCACUACAAGGUGUCGCUUCACCAGCAGGAGAAUGUGUUCCUGCCGUCGACCCGAUCGCCCUGCGUGGAAGACCUGCAUCGGCAAGCCAAGGUUAACCUGAAAACACUGCUGCGAGACUGCGACAAGCUGAGGGAAGAUGGCUCUCGGAGUUCGCAGUAUUACUCCCAGGCCCCACUGUUCUCCUCAACAUCAUCUCACCUGGCUGGGAAUCACCUGGACGAGGAGGAAGGCCACGACCAAGUGCCCGCAGCGUCAUCGCCGGACGAGGAAAAGCUGUUCCGUUCGAGGAGAUCCAAAACCCCAGUUCCCAAAGACCUCUCUGAGAUUGACGUCCAGACGAACUGGACCAAGGCCCUCCCACUGCCCACUCCGGAGGAGAGAAUGCGCCAACAAGCACAGGCCAUCCAGACGGACGUCAUCCCAAUAAACGUAACAGGAGAGAGCUUUGACCGCCAGGCCAGCUGUAGGCGAUCUCUCGUACACUCCGACAGCCCCCUGAGGCGCACGACGAAAAUCAAACGGAGACGGACCAUCACUGGCCUGCCUGAGGCCGUCCAGAAGGAACUAGGAACCGGGACGACUCCAGCCAGAAGCUCGUGCGCCACCCUGCCGGGCCAGUUUUCCACCCUGAGCCGACUGGAGAGCCAUGGGCCGGGCCGGGCCCGCUCGAGCACCAGGGACUCCUCCUGCCAGACGGAAGAGGUGAAGGUGGUGCCGCCCUCCGUCCGCCGGAUCCGGGCGCAGAAGGGUCAGGGGAUCGCGGCCCAGCUGUCCGGCUCCUCGGGUGACGUGUCGGUGGACAGCGGCCCCCGGGCCCAGCCGGAGACGCGCUCCCACAGCCUGCCAAGGAGGCUCGGGUCCCGGGUCUCGCUGCGCCGACCGGAGGAGAGUGCCCCGCUGUUCGGGCCCGGCACGCAGGAGAUCCGGGAGCCCCAGGAGGCACGGGUGGCCUCGCCCGCUGCCCUGCGCCCCGAGGCCGCGGAGGAGGAGGUGCCGGCGAACCACCGCUCCUCAGCCCGACAGUCACCCGCCUCGGACGCCCCGUCGGGACCGCCUCCUUCCCCCUCCCCCUCUGCAAUCCUCCUGGCCCCCGUCCCAGGCCGCGAGCGGACCCUGUCGCGCAGUAUCUCGCUGAGGAAGACCAGGAAGCCGCCGCCCCCCCCCACGCGCACCGACUCCCUGCGGCGCCGGCCCAAGGGGGGCGGGGACCCGGUGCUCAGCCCGUCGCUGAUCGCCAGCCUGCAGCGCUCGCUGCAGAGCGGGGGCGGACUGGGCCGCCAGGAGGCUCCUGGCCUCCCUGCCGGGGCCUCGGCCUGCAGCCCCCAGGAGCCCGACCCCUGGUUUGUCCGCAGCUGCAGUCAGAGCAGCAGCAACAGCAGCGGCCGCUCGACAGGCGGCAGCCGGGCCUGCUCCACGCCGUCGCAGAGCGAGACCAGCAGCCUGCGCUCCGAUGGCCCCGAGGCCGAGGGCUGGCGGGCUAACGGCCUGGCCUGGGAGCCGGCCUCCCAGCCCCAGGGCUUCACCUCGCCCUCCAGUGGGUACUCCAGCCAGUGCAACACGCCGACCGGCCCUGGCCCAACGCACCGGGCCUCGCCCCGGCCUGCCAAGCCCAAGGUGCCCGAGCGCAAGUCCUCCCUCCACUCCUCGCUCUCCGCUUCCUCCUCCUCCGCCUCGCUGUCCUCCAGCGCCUCGGAGUCGCGGCCCCCACCCCCAGCUGGUCCCGCUGACCCUCAGCCCUCUGCUGGGGGCCCACUGCCUGCCUUACCCUACACUGCUCCCCAACUACACUUGUUGUCCCCUCCUGGUGCCCAGAGGCUACUUUCAAACCCUCCCACUCGGUCUCGACCGGCUUCCCCCCUCCCCAAUGCCCCUGUGCUGUUGUCACCUCCUCCCAACCACCUUCUGCCAACAUCAGCCCCUCCCGCUCUCUGUCGAAUCAAUUCUCCUCCACCUCGUGUGCGUGGUUCAGUUCCUCCCUCGUCACCUCCUCCGCCGCCUCCUCUUCCACAAGCAUCCCCACCCCCUCUCCCUCCUCCUGGGCCAGCCCCUCCCAAUCCUCCUCUGCCCUCGCCACCCCCUCCAGCUCUUUUCGUGACCUCACCCCCUCCGGCCCCUCCUCUGCCCACGUCACCCCCUCCAGCUCUUUUUGUGACCCCACCCCGCCUCACCUCACCCCCUCCGGCCCCUCCUCUGCCCACGUCACCCCCUCCCUGCGCCACACUCCCUGCCCCACCCCCACUGGACCCAAAGGCGUUCUGCAGCGGAGGGAGCCCCCCACGCUCCCCUCUCCCUCCCGGCGUGGACAGCCCCAAGGCCCCCGCGGGCCCCCUCCUCGUCACGGCCGAGGCCUUGCGCUCGGUGCAGCUGAGGAGAGCGAAGCCUGAGCCCCCGAGGGUGGUCAUGCAGCGACCCUCGUCCCCUCGCGGUCCCCUCAGGCACCCUCAUCACUCCGGAGGGGAGGUCACUCCCGGCGCAGUUCCGCUGAGUUCAGAGAGCAGGGUCAGCGAGUCCGAGACUACAGCCACGGUCAACGGAGAGCUCCUGUCGAUGUCCACGCAGGAGCCUCUGCCCUGUGGCCCCGGCCCCACUGACCGGGUGCAGGCACCGGGACGGGCUCUGACACCCGAGAAGCCCAAACCGCCUGGCAGGACCCCUCCUCCCAUUGCCAGGAAGCCCAAGCUCACUCUCCCCGUCCCACCCUCGCACUGGGACCUCAGCGCACACGAGAGGCGGCCGCUGGAAACGGUCUGGAGCCCGGCGGAGGCUGAGGGGGUCAGUGGGGAGCUGGACGGGAAGGGCACUCCCCCGGCCGGCAGAGCGGGGGACCAGCCGAAACCCCACGUGUGCGACGUUGAUCCAAGGCCCGAGGAAAGCCAGAGAGAGCCCAGAACCCCAGAGUCCUCCCCGACAUGGGAUCAUCUGGGUGGAGGCAGUAGCUCGCCUUGCAAAGAAAAUGAACCCGAUGACGUGUUUGAGGAGAGUUCCAGCAGUGUAGGAGACUACAGUGAAGAGAUCAGCACCCCGACCCGGCCCAGGACCACUGAGGACUUAUUUGCUGCAAUACACAGGUCGAAGCGGCGGAUCCUGGGCCGGAAAGAUUCGGAGGAUGAGUUCCACCGGGCGCAGCCCCCCCCGUCUCCCGUGACCCCGACCGGGGCGCUGCCCAGCCCAGGCUCGCUGAAGCAGGCGGGCUCCAUCCAGAGGAGCCUGCGCAAGUCCAACACCAGCAGCGACAGCUUCAAGGCGCUGCUGCUGAGGAAGGGGUGCCGGCCGGACCAGGGCUGCCGCAUGUCGGCCGCCGAGAUGCUCAAGAGCUCCGAUCCCAGGCACCGCCCGGCUGAGCCGGAGCGGCCGGCCGGCCGGCGGGGCCGCAACCCGCGGGAAGAGUGGGCCUCACACGAGGGCCCGCUGCCCAAGGGCGCCGGGCUGGUGGGCGUCCGCUAUGGCCGCUCCCGGACCCCGCCCUCGGCUGCCAGCAGCCGCUACGGCAGCAGGCUCCACCUGCACCGACUCCACAGCAGCCCCAUGACCGUGAUCCGCGAGGCCGAGGCCUGGGAGCCCGAGGAGGGCCGGCGGCACAGCGAGAGUGACGCCGUGGAGCAGGGGGCGGGGCCCGAGAACUGUGAUGUAACGCGCCCAGUGGGACAGGACUGUAUGACAUCACAAUCAGGGGGCGUGGCAGAGAGCACCACCAAUGGCGAAGCCAGCCAGGAACGGGACCCUAUUACAUCACAAUCAGAGGGCGUGGCAGAGAGCGCCACCAAUGGCGGAGCCCGUCAGGACCGGGACUUUUCUACCUCGUCCAUGGCAACAGAAGCGCCAUUCAUGAUUGGGGGUCAUGAAGGACACCAAAGAAAGCAAGGAGACUGAUUCUCCCCCCCCAAUGUGUUAUUUUCCUUUAUAUAAAGUCCUCAGACAGCAACCAGUGGCACAAGCCCGAUGGCAGAAUAGAAACACCUAGCCUUCCUUUGCCUGGGCUGCCAAGGAGACCAGCACUUGAAUAGUGCCUUUGUGCAGCAAGGUGCCCCCUUGCUGAUGAGGGAGGUUUGUUUGUAGUGAAAACUGAGAUGAAUGCAGGAAUGGCACUUGUAUUGAUCAGCGUCGAGCGCAGAAGGCCGUCAGGCUGAGGUAUUUAUGUAGCGCCCUUCCUGACGAGGGGCAUCCCGGAAGCACUUCACGGCCAAGGAGGCACUUUCUUUCCGAAACGAAAGGGGGGGAGGGUCGUUCAGUGGAUGUCUGUCGCGCGGUUGGAGUGGAAGGGAGAGGCUGCAAGGUGGCUAAAAGUAGGUGGGGUCAGUUGUCUCGAGAGGAGGUGGAAGUGGUAGAGAGAGAGAGAGGGCUGGGAGUAUUUUGGUGUUUUGUGUGCCAGGUAGUUAACUCCCCUUGGGGGGUGGAGCUGUGUACGAUGAAUUGUACUGAGACAGGGUGUGGGUGUCUGUCUGGAAACCAGACGGAUUCGAGCCACAUGACCAUUCCUGGCUGUAACCGUUAGUAGCAGGAGACAGGGAACAGUAUGCCCUGGAAAGGAAGGGUCAGUAGUGUGACCAUUCCUGGCUGUAACCGUUAGUAGCAGGAGACAGGGAACGGUAUGCCCUGGAAAGGAAGGAUCAGUAGUGUGACCAUUCCUGGCUGUAACCGUUAGUAGCAGGAGACAGGGAACAGUAUGCCCUGGAAAGGAAGGGUCAGUAGUGUGACCAUUCCUGGCUGUAACCGUUAGUAGCAGGAGACAGGGAACGGUAUGCCCUGGAAAGGAAGGAUCAGUAGUGUGACCAUUCCUGGCUGUAACCGUUAGUAGCAGGAGACAGGGAACAGUAUGCCCUGGAAGGGAAGGGUCAGUAGUGUGACCAUUCCUGGCUGUAACCGUUAGUAGCAGGAGACAGGGAACGGUAUGCCCUGGAAGGGAAGGGUCAGUAGUGUGACCAUUCCUGGCUGUAACCGUUAGUAGCAGGAGACAGGGAACGGUAUGCCCUGGAAAGGAAGGGUCAGUAGGUUGCUGCUUACAUUGAACUUUGACCAAUAGCUGUUAGAUGAAUGAAUUGUACGUUCGUAGUGUAAUAGUUUGAAUAGCUGUGGGACUUGGCUGUUCCGACCUGUUAUUUCAGGAUGAUUUGGCUGGUUUAACUAACUACCCCUGCGACACGGAGGGUGGGGUAAAUCCCAGCGGGUGGUGCUCCUCCGUGUCUGCUGAGCAGCGAAGGGUGGUUGCCACUGCAGAUGCAGACCUGAGUCACACAGUGCCUUCGAGAGGCAGGAACUACGGGUCCCUGCUUAGGGUACAGAUGCUUCUCGAUCCAUUCACUGCUGCUUUUUAUUGCUGUUUCUUCCCUGCGUUCAUGGAAUAAUAAGACCGGCAGUUGGAUUGAUAAUGUGACCUCACUGUGCCCAGAUCAGGGGUGCCAGGUGACACGGAGUCAACAACAUGCCCGUGGUGGCUGGGCCCUCUGCACGUUGAUUCCAGUGCCUAAGGCUAGCCACAGAGUUCUUUCUGGGGAGCGAAGUCGCUGUGUGGGGUUGGAGGCAACAGCACAAAGUCUCCUCACCCGCCUCCCCAACAUUGUGGCUUGCCUUUUCACUCCCUCCCCGGUUUCCUUCUUCCCAAUAAGCCUCAGCCCUUGUCAAGUGGGAACGCGAGAGGAUUGGCGAUCACCAUCGAGGGGGAAAACAAAGUCAGCCCCAGCAAUAAACCCAAAUUGUACUUAGCUUUAAAGUGGAGGUUAACAGGUUCUUGAUUACUAAGGGUGUCGAAGGUUAUGGGGAGAAGGCGGGAGAACGGGAGUUAAUAAAUCAGCCAUGAUGGAAUGGUACAGCAGACUGGAUGGGCUGAAUGGCCUAAUUUGCUCCUGUGUGUGAUGGCCUUGAUUGCCCCAGCGUUCCUGCUUCACUGCCUAUUUUAAACAUGAGGUCCUGCAGACGCUGGAGGGACUCAGCAGGUCAGGCAGCAUCAAUGGAGAGGAAUAGAGCAGAUGUGUCGGGCCGAGGGCCGCUCCUCAGGGCUGCUGACCCCCUAAGCUGUCUCCCACUCCACCCCCGGUCUCGUCACGCGAAGUGCCUUCUCGCCACGGCUCCCUGCUGACACCUGGUGGCAGAGCGCCGGAACCGCAGCAGCCCGACCCAAUGGUCACUGUCCAGGAACCCACCCGUUUUGUUCGGCCGUGUUCAGCGACUUUGCACAAGUUUGACUGCAACACGGGACACUCUCUCACUUUGCCAUCAAGUUCUGGCCUAGUCCUGAGCCCUAAACACAGGAGAUUCUGCAGAUGUUGGAAAUCCAGAACACAAAAUGCUGCAGGAACUCAGCAUGUCAGGCAGCAUCUAUGGAGAGGAAUUCCGUGCUGAAAUACUUUGUUUCCUGAUUAACGGUCUGUCACGAAACGUUGACCGUGGAUACCCCCUCCACAGAUACUGUCUGACCUGCUGAACUCCUCCUGCAAUUUGUGUGCUAGUUCUGUAAACUGACUGCCAACAAGGAGCAUUAAACAGACACCAAACCGGACAGCUCAGUGGGGAAGUGGGGCAGUAAGGAAUGCCUGCACUCAGCUUUGUUGAUUUAAGGUGUGAACUUGGGAAAUACAGUCCAAGCGUGACCCUGGCUUGUCCAUAAAAGUUAGCAAUGUUGAGCCGAGCGGGAGAAAGGGGGUUAGUGUUAUGGAUUUGAGCAGUGGCACAGUAAAAGGUACUGUGUAGCAUGGAGAGUCUAUUACCAGCAAAGGGGAAUAAAAACCCAAUGGAAGACUGGGCUUUAUUGCUGUUGGGAGAGUUGUGCAGAGAUAAAUGUAACUUGAAAAUUCUGAAUCUUGUGAUAAUGCUGGCAUCCAGUUACCAAAGACACGAAGCCUUUUCUACAGGAAAAAACAAAAAAUCCCUGUGGUAUUUUUCACGUUCAACAAGUAUUUUUUAACAGAAAACUGCACUUGAAAAGCCCUAGAUUUGAAUACACACCAAAAGUGGGAACUGAUUGUGCUCCUGUCGUCUGGUCAUCAGAUAGACAGAUACUUCCUACAGCAUGCCUGCCCCCUUUAUAAAUUGUUUUAAGGUGUACAAAGAUUGUAAAAUGUUCUCUUUUGUGGGGGUGAUUUUCUUUGUGAGCAGUUUUUGGGAAUUUGUACAUUUUAGUAAUCUGAGAUUUUUUUAAAAAGUAAAUUUGCAGAUUAUUUAUUUUAGUACAGAGGCAGAUUGAAGUUUGCUUUUCCAUCUUGCCUCCAUUGUGUUUGCUCUUAUUGAGGAAGGAAGGAGGGGUGAGUAGAAAGGCCUUUCCUUCCUUCCCGUGGGAAAUGCAGGAAGCUCCAUGGCCUCUCAGCGUGUCCUGUUCAUUUUGUACUCAGAAAGAUGCUGUGUUCUCAAAUAAAGCAACGUUUUCCUCUCA